AUGUUCGACGAAGCACUAGAGCAUGUUCAGGCAGAGCCGGCUCCUUUCAUCUUGAUGAGGGACAAAGGAAUCCAUGUGCGCAACGCACGAAGGAUAGAAACGUUUCUCUCUCCGAGUCUGGCUUCUGCCCAGCAUGGAGGCGGCGGCGUUGCAAGAUUUGAGGAGAUGGGAGCAGCAUUCAGACACAUCGCUAGAAGUGCCGUGAGCAUACCAACGCAGGAUCCACAAUACAUCGACAGUAACCCAAUCAACUCUGACUCGAACUCCCUUUGGGGCCCUUCGAAGCCUAGCGCCUACAACCUGCCGUACUUGAGGCUCGGUCCCGAUGCUGAGGAGCGCAAGUUUGCGCUGGGGAAAUCAGGGAUCUUUGCUGGGAGGAUGUUCCAGCGAUACCUGAAAUCAGAUCCCUACGUUCUCGGGGAAGACUGGCCCCGGUCGCAGCUCGAUCUCGGACCGAAGUCGAAGCCGUUCGCUAUUCCCAGCCACGUCACGAUGAACGAUUCCGUUCAGAUCGGAGCAUGCUCCUCGUUCUCGGUCCAGAAAGAUGUCGCUCCUUUACCCAAUGAUGCAGUCCCAAUCACGGGCAGCAGCCGCGCGUUUCUCGUGAGCCAAGAGGAAUGUUGCAAGCUCUGCUUGGAUGCAAAGGAGUGCAAAGCUUGGAGCUACCGACAAGAGAGCUGCCUGCUGUUGAGGCAGCUCGGGGAAGACAGCCUGACUUCAAGCGAUGGAAACGAUGUCGGUUUCCUCCCCCAAGAAGAGUCUCAGUCCCCUGCUGCAACACUCGCUCCAUCCCCAGCCUCAGCAAGAGCUCUCCAGCUCAAAAGAGGAAGGAAUUCAGAUGCUCUCGCAGUCCAAGGGGGCAAGUUGGCUCGCUCGGAGGACAGCCCUAGGCUUGCAGCACGAGCAAAGGCCUUGAGAGCGAUCGCGCAGAAGAAGGCAGGGCUUCCCGACCAGGUGGAUCCUGAGGGAGUGGAGGACAGGGCGAUUCUGAUUACAUUCUUGCUCCCUAGCCCUCAGCCUCUCCGAAGGAAGAGAAAGCUCUCAAGCCGUCUAUAUCGGUUGACGUCGGUCACGUUUGUCUGUGUACUGAUGGCUGAAACAUUACUGCAGGUCAAGGCAACAGAAUCCAGUCAGGAGCAAGGCAAACUCUGCAAGCUCCCUACAGGACAGACGAUCCUAUGUAAGCAAGACCAUGAACCCUGUGGAAACGACGGGACGGGAAGAGGACCAGCGCACUUUGACGCCUCCUGUGCAAGUGGCAAGUGCACAUGGGCAUGCUCGACGAGCAAGAGCUUCUUGGACUCGAUCAUGGGAUGCAUGUCAUGCGACAACGACAACUGCAGGUGUGUAGGACGAGACGUCGGGGAAUAUCUCAAGCUGGAAGGGUGA